UUGAACUCCGACAAAAAUCUCGGGUUUAUUGCUUAUGCAGUUCACGUUGACCUCUCAAUUUCCUACUCUAUAGAGUUCCAGCUCUCAGUUUCUUACAAACACACAAGCAUGAAUUUCAACUGAUUAAAACAACUUCUAAAAGGAAAUUGUAGCGUCUCAACUCUUAACAGAUAUAUGGGUUCCAUAGAGAAUGAUUCAUCACUUGCGGAAGAAGAAUCUUUUCUUCAGGAUGAAGAGAGCAGGCGAUACACCGGAGAUGGUUCGGUUGAUUUUAAAGGAAGGCCUGUUCUCAAGCAGAAUACUGGCAAUUGGAAAGCUUGUCCAUUUAUCCUAGGUAAUGAAUGUUGCGAACGUUUGGCAUACUAUGGCAUUGCAAAAAAUCUUGUCACCUAUCUCACCCGCAAACUACAUCAAGGAAAUGCCUCUGCUGCAAGAAAUGUGACCACUUGGCAAGGCACUUGUUAUCUUACACCACUCAUUGGAGCCAUUCUAGCUGAUUCUUACUUGGGGCGAUACUGGACUAUUGCUGUUUUCUCUACAAUUUAUUUCAUUGGAAUGUGUACACUGACUCUUUCUGCAUCGGUUCCGGCAUUGAAGCCUGCAGACUGUUUCAGUUCAGCAUGCCCUCCAGCUACUCCUUCACAAUACGCUGCCUUCUUCGUUGGUCUUUACCUGAUUGCACUUGGGACUGGUGGUAUUAAACCAUGUGUGUCGUCUUUUGGGGCAGAUCAGUUUGAUGAUACUGAUCCCCAAGAAAGGUUUAAGAAGGGAUCAUUUUUCAAUUGGUUUUACCUUUCUAUCAACAUAGGAGCCCUUGUAUCAGGCACUUUUAUUGUGUGGAUUCAAGAAAAUGCAGGCUGGGGUAUUGGAUUCGGCAUUCCUACUUUAUUUAUGGGAUUAGCUAUAGGAAGCUUCUCUUUAGGCACACCCCUCUACAGAUUUCAAAAACCAGGGGGAAGUCCUGUUACAAGAAUGUUCCAAGUUGUGGUAGCGUCUUUUCGGAAGCGGUAUUUGGUUGUCCCUGAGGAUAGUAGUCUCUUGUACGAGACACCGGACAAGAGUUCUGCAAUUCUAGGAAGUCGGAAACUGGAGCACAGUCAUGAGCUAAGGUGUCUCGAUAAAGCAGCUAUAGUGUCUGAUGCUGAGAGGAAAAGCGUCGACUAUUCUAACUUGUGGAGACUUUGCACAGUGACACAGGUGGAGGAAUUGAAAAUUUUGAUCCGAAUAUUUCCAAUUUGGGCUGCCGGAAUAGUUUUUAAUGCUGUUUAUGCCCAGCUGUCAACACUGUUUGUGGAACAAGGAACUAUGAUGGACACAAGUAUUGGUUCAUUCAAAAUACCACCAGCUUCCCUCUCAAGUUUUGAUGUAAUAAGUGUUAUUUUCUGGGUUCCUGUCUAUGACAGGAUUAUAGUUCCCCUCGCAAGGAAAUUUACAGGCAAAGAACGAGGCUUUUCAGAGUUGCAAAGAAUGGGAAUUGGCCUUUUUAUCUCAAUCUUUAGCAUGUUAGCAGCUGUUGUUCUUGAGAUUAAGCGUCUGCAGCUUGCAAAAGAGCUUGACCUUAUUGAUAAACCUGUUGCUGUACCAAUUAGUAUAUUUUUUCAAAUACCUCAGUAUUUCUUAUUUGGGGCAGCAGAAGUAUUCACAAACGUGGGGCAACUUGAAUUCUUUUAUGACCAAUCUCCAGAUGCCAUGCGGACUUUAUGCAGUGCUUUGGCACUUUUGACUACUUCAUUGGGGAAUUACUUGAGCUCUUUCAUUCUCACUGUUGUAACUCACUUCACUACACAAGGUGGAAAUCCUGGGUGGAUUCCAGAUAACCUGAACAAAGGUCAUCUUGAUUAUUUUUUCUGGCUUUUAGCUGGACUUAGCUUCUUAAAUAUGUUGGUGUACAUAGUUUCAGCCAAAAAGUACAAGAAGAAAAAAGCUUCUUAGGAUUUUUCAGCUGGACUUGGCUUAGGAUUUUUCAGCUGGACUUGGCUUAGGAUUUUUCAGCUGGACUUGGCUUCUUAAAUAUGUUGGUGUACAUUGUUUCGGCCAAAAAGUACAAGAAAAAAGCUUCUUAGGAUUUUUCAGGCAUUGAUUAGGAGUGUGGAAUCACAUAUUGAUGUUUUCUUCUGUUGUUGCUGUGAUUGUUCUGUAUAUAACAUAUGAAUAUUCUUUGGUUAUGUACUUUAUUUGACCUGUCAAGAAGAAUAUGUGUUAUGCCCGGGUAAAACCAGUCCAUUCAUCAUCUUUUGGCAUGUAUAAGUUAUAAGAUUGAUUGCUACUCAUUAAUGUCAAUUAUCGGCGGUUAAUUUCUCUA